AUGGCUGUAUACACCACCCGCCCGCAUUCUGACACUAAGCCGUUGAUUCUGAGUACUUCGACAGCGAGUUUAGAUACACAACUCUCGACGGCAGAAGUGACUUCAGCGACCGCGGUGUCGCAUCUAGUUGGAGGGGAGACCCGUAACGAGGACCGAUCCGGAGACCGCCUCACGACCGGCCAGAAGGCUGGUGCCACGCUUGGCUCUGUGACACUGGCUGGCCUUGCAUUGGGUAUUCUGAUGUUGAUCCGACACCGCCGUAAAAAGCGAAGAAAAUCGGACUCAGAACACUCAAAGAUUUCGGAGUCGGUCCAGCGGCGUGACACAUGGGGGUAUCACGUUGAGAAGGAUGUAGGUAAUGGUGACGACGAUUGGAAGAGUCGACCGACGCAUCCAAACCAAAAUCCAACCCCUCCGUUGCCACUACCCAAGGCGUACAACCGUUCGAGCUGGGGGCCUGGUGAAAUCGGACUGGCGAUAUCUCCGCCACAUUCGAGCUCUCCUUCUCACUCAACGCGACGCGUGUCCAAGCUCUUGCCUGCGAAACCUACCCUGGCACCUGAUGCUCCUAAAAACAGCCACCAACCAGAGCAUGAAAUCGUCAAGACACCGCAGCAACGACUUCUUCGUCUUGUCGAUCCAUCGCCUCCGAACUCACGGAGCAAAAACUUUCAACCUCCUGCCCCCCCCCUGCUUACAAUACCAAAGCAAGAAGAUUUCCGAAAGAUGGUCGGAAUCUCUCGUCUUGGCCGUGGAAGCACGGUGACAGAAUUUGAGGAAGAUGGAGGAACAUGUCAGUCUCCUGAGGGUCAAAUAUGGGUACUGCCUUCAGCAACACCGGGGUCGACGGUUUUUUACGUCGCGGACAAGAACGGCAACUGGACUCUUGGUGAUCGUAAGAAAGCUUCUCCCGCCGACGACCUUGCCACUGGGAGACUCAAUACAGGUGCUUCGCCGAAAGCCACGAUGGAGAACUCGGUAUCUUUACCCACCGCGAACAAAACACGAAUGGUAGAUGAAGCACCCACUCGUCUACCCUCCGAAGCACCCGAGGUAGCUGUGCCAACGACGGCGAUGACCGGGAACCCCACUGGAACCCCCCCCCUCUCUACUGAGGAGCUUCAUCAAACGGCACUGCCUAAACCGCUUUUCUCAACUCACCCUAAUCCUCGCCAUGUCUCCACUACACGACGGUCAUCUAUCCAGAAGUACGGUCGUCCGCGAGCAGCUUCAACCGAGAGCUCGGUAACAGUAAUUUCAACUUCUCCCAUGAUUGGCGGCAAGUGGCGAUCGCCUGAGCCAUCUCGCGUCAAUCUCUCGCCAAUUACGGAGUCUCCGCGCCCAAAAGAUGGACACUCACAGAUAACACAUCCUCGGACCGGUGACCGAGACUGUGGAACGAUGGCCGCCAGCAAGCCCGUUGAACGACUUCUGAUGCGGCCGAUCUUGGGUCGGCCAGUCGGUCGUCCUAGCCCGACCUUGGGGAUGUAUCAAUCGCCAGCCGUGCCUGACCCCGCAGCCUACAGCGCUGUAAGAGGAGGAUCGGGCGUGGUCGAGAACCCGGCGUUACUGAGAACGGGCUUGCCUACUGUGCGCAUUGUCGAGCCGUCGCCCGAAUUAGAAGACGACAGGGAUCGUCUUCCCUCCGUGAAGACUCGUGUUGCGGCUUUGAGGGCCUCAAUUGCGCCCGAGCGUCGAACAUAUCGGCAGACUUCAACAUCCGAGACAGAAAAUAGGCAGAAACUCCACGAGUUGGAAAUGUGUCAAAAUCUCAAGCCCAUUCACCCACUCACCGGCGUGGAGCAUCAGCCUCAGCCUCAGCCGCCUUCAACUCCUCACCAUGGUCUCCACGAUGCUCCAUCUCAAUCGCCACAACCCUACCUCCCAUUUCAGCCAUCUCUUGCGGCCCACGGUGGUCAUAAUGACCACUUCCUGUCUCAGUCCCUCAUCGCCAAAAAUCUCGACUCUGGCAGUGCCUCGCAAAUGGGUGUCCCAACCAAGGGUCAGGGACAAUCCACUUCCGAGAGUAAUGGGCGACACGAGAGCAUUGGAUCAGCGUCUCUAGCUGCUGAGACAAUGACACCACGCCAGCUGCCAAGUGGUGAUGACCUUGCACCUGCUUCGCUUUGGGUGCCCAGACUUACGCCUUCGCGACGUGGAGAUGACCUAUUCCUCAACGUUCACUGA